AUGUUGAGAAGAGUAUUCAGCAAGACUCUCACACAAUUCAAAUAUAACCAAAAGCCAUACCACACUGCUCUUUCCCUCUUUACUGAGGAUAAAGUCGCCAAAAGACAAUAUGAUAAGGAGGCUAUCAAAGUAAGAAUGGAACCAACACCACAACCAUCACAAGAGGAUCCAGAAUUGGAAAAUUACUGGUUGAAUUUACCAACAGUCUUUGAAAGAGCUGUGGGAUCUGAACGUGCUGAAUUGUUGGAUCCAACUCUUUUUGAUGAUCACCUUCCUGAAGUUGUUGAUAUUGAAUCAGGAGUGGGUUCUAGCCUUUUCAAUCCAAUCAUAGUUGCUUCUAGAGGAGAGCCAGAACGUGUUGUUGGUUGUUUGGGAGAUUGUUGGAAAGCCAACGAUAUUGACUAUCAUACCACCGAUAUGCAAUUCUGGGUUAUGAAGGAAAAUACUUUCUCAGUUUGUGAUGAAUGCGGAUUGAUCUUCUAUUGUGCUUCUGAUGAAGUCAUGGCCCAAAUUGAAAUUUGGGAAACUCUUGAAGAGGAAAAGGCUUCACAACAACUUGAACCAUCCGUUGAAUACCCACAAAUCAACGCUUAA